CUUCUUUCCGAUGUCGAAAAAGCGCUCGAUCGUAGCCUGGAAUUGCUGCAGUUGGAUUAUGGUCGGUGUCUUUCAAAUACUGUGCAAGUUCUGAAAGAUCGCUAAUCGUCGUGAAACUAUAGUCGACAUAUAUUUGAUGCAUUUCCCCCAUGCCUACCGUGCUGGUCCCGACAAUAGCACAUUUCGCCAUUCUAAUGGAAAGCCGGUUAUUGACCACCUAUUAUCGCGUGACUAUCCAUCAACCUGGGCAGCCAUGGAAAGGCUUGUCGAUAAUGGCAAAGCUAGAUCGAUCGGUGUUUCCAAUUUCAACGUUCUCAAACUGAAGAGACUUCUCGAGACGGCUAGGAUCCCUCCAGCAGUAAACCAGGUCGAGCUUCAUCCGUACCUGCCGCAGUCUGCACUCGUCAAGUUUUGCAACCAAAACGGUAUCCAUGUUAUGGCCCAUCAGCCACUAGGAGGGAAGCCCGUGGCGGUUGUGAGCCCGAAUGCCGAUCGACCUGGCCCUCUGGAUGAUUCGGAUAAGAUUGCAAAAAUAGGUGCAAAAUACCGGAAAUCUCCCGCACAGGUUAUUCUGUCCUGGAUUGUCCAGCAGAAUAUCUCUGUCAUCCCGAAAACAGUCCAUGGAUCGCGAAUGUUAGAGAAUAGAGAUCUACAGAAGUUGUCGGACGAAGACAUGAUCGAGAUCUCGAAUCUGUCGAAGGUGAAGGGGGAAGUUCGCUACUUGGAUCCAAGAAACCAUAUUGGGUUUGAUAUUUUUGACGAGGGUCAUGAUGAGCCGGUACAUGGAGAAUGA